AUGGCGCAAGGAUACUUGGGAGGUUCAAGAAAUUCACCCUCGCAAGAUGGCUUUCGAAGAAAGGCAAGUUCGAAUGUGGUCGCGUCAACCCUCUGCUCAAUCCUGCGGCAUCAUCACUGUAGUUCCUCUGCCAUCGAUCAAACCUCCGCUCCCGACAUCCUGAUUAACCUACACCUGAAAGACGAUAAGUUCGCUUUGCCCUACUAUAAUGUCGGACCCAUGGCCCGUGCACAAAAACAGAAAGAACUUGAAAAUGGCGCGUCAACGGAGCCGCGCUCAGUGCCCUGGACCUCACAAGCGCCAGCUGCAGAUGACACUUCACUUGAGGACGAGCCAUCCAGACAUGUGGACUAUCUCUCUCAUGAUUGGAGAGAGGAUAAUAUCUGCUCAUCCUGGCGCUAUGUGAUCAGAUGGAGGAGCAAGUAUAGUAACGGAGUUAGACUGGAGAACGCAUCUUGGAGAACAUGGGCCAAAACAAGAGGCAACCUUGGGACUAUAUCACCGGAGAGCCUACACUGGGUUAAGGAUAGAGAUACCACCUGGCUCUACGGACCGUUGAAGAUCCCUGACAAUCGUGCGACCGCUAUUUCCUCUACCACUUCGGCUCGUCUACGUAUCUCAAACUUCUCUAUACGCCAGAGGUCCAUUCUUAAAAGAAAGUCUGUUGUGAAAUUGAUGUUUCAACGGUCAGAGUCCCAGCAGGUUUUACUUCCAAAAGCUGAGCAUUACUUCGGUCAACCCCUCUCUCGAACGUGCAACACAGGCCUGGUCCAACUUCAUCAUCGGAUAGGAGAACUGACAUACCCGGAAAUAGGUAGUGUCACUGCACGUUUAUCUCGCGAAAAGGUAGCGACAAAAGAAAGAAGCCAUGUUCACUUCAACGAUGAAGUUGUACAAUGUAUUGCGAAAGAUGCAAAACAUGCCAAUGUGGGCCUGUGGGCUGAGUUUUAUAACGAUGAGCACUGCCUACAUAAUAGCGCCGCCGCGACAGGACGUACGCGAAUCAAGAAGCUCCUGGGUAGCAGCAACACAUCACACGAAACCUUCAGCGGUAGAGGCAAGACCAUCAAUAUUCUCCCCUCGACCAUUCUUCAACACUGCGAAGAGGUCCCAGAAACUCAUAUUCAGCCUGACUUUAACGAACUACCAACUAUUUCGGUCUUCUCUAAGUUAUGCCAGUGGCUGUCAUUUUCGGCCGGGACGAGCUAA